CACCAACCCUCCGUACCAUCAUGAACUUGAUCCGCCCUCACCAGAGAUAUUCUCGCGGGAAUCUGUCAUAAAACGCCCAUGGCAGCAUAUUUACAGGGAAAAUCCCGAAUAUCUGCGACUUGACGCGUUGGCUCAUCGGAGAAGUAAUCUUCACGGGCCAAUUCCCCAGAUUUUGAUCACCCCAACUCGCCAAAAAAACGCACGCACCACGCGUCGGCGGCUUUCCACCACCUCCCCCGGAAGAGGACGAUGGAUAUGUUCCACAACUUCCGGGAAACGUUUUUCGGCACACCACGGUCCCGCGUACCGGCACCCAUGGAUAUGAACAUGGGUAAAGUCCCGGCCACUGCGCCGCAACGCAAGCGCAAGGCCAACGACGACCUGCAUGUUACCACCUCGAGCCAGCAGACCAAGCGGGGCUACGGUAGGGCAUCACGCCGCCUGUACGACGCCUCAAAGUCGUCGCCGCUCAGCGCUGUCUCUGCCGAGAGCUCGCGGUUGAGCUUUGUUAGUCGCUCUCAAGUGACAGUUACGGUGCCAGAGUCACCGCACAAACCUACUAUCGAGUCCGCAGCCGACGGUAGUAUUGUCGUCGCGAACGACUUGCAUUAUGCGCAAGACGAAGAAGACGCAGACGAGGCAGACGGCAAUGUCGACGAACCCGUCGAGGCCAAUGACGUCAGCAUGCCCCCGCGCGCCGUCAGUGUCGAGCUCCUAAGUAGCCCGUCGCGCUCGAAUCGUGCAAGCGGGCUCCCAAAACGCGGAUCUGCCAGACUUCCAUCGCCGGAAAUCCUCGAGCCCAAACGUGCCCGAAAGUCUGCGACUGAGGAGCCCGAGCAGAGUCGUCAAGACCAGAAUGCGCAAUCCGAGGCGGAAGAUUGCGAGGAUGAUAACGAAGACAAGUCUGUCCGGCACGAGUCUGAGCCCGCCGUUCCAGCCCGCACACUUGAACACGAUGGCAAGGGCGCAGAAGGAGACAACGGUUUAGACGCAAAUGACGAGGAAUUGGGUAGGGAUGAGCCACUCGAUGCAACCGCGCCCUCUCCCACAAAAGCCACGCCGCCCAGACCAGAAUCGACUCGAAGCGACAACCAGGAGGAGUUCCCCGAAAUGCCUGACGACGGCAUCGUUCUCCUGCAGCCCGACUCGGAAGCGAUGCCGAUAGUCCUGUACGACGACGUGAGCAACGAAAGGUACACCAUCAAAGCCAUCCUCAAGCAUCGACCCAACAAGCACAUUAAGCACUCGUUCGAGCUUCAGAUAAGCUGGGUUGGCUACAAGGAGCCAUCGUGGGAGCCCGAGCGGAGCAUCCAGGCCCAGGCACCCGAGCUCCUCUACAAGUACUGGAGCGACCUCGGCGGGCGGCCCGAGACGGGUGCCUUUAGGGUCUUUAUGAUACUGAGGCACUGGACGGAUCCCGAGGCGGCCAAAGGGAGACGAGGUCGCCCAAGUAAGAAAAAGCAGGCGGAGACGGAGACGCAGGCGCCUACCGCGGCCGGCUCCAUCACCGGCAGGAUCAAGACCAAGACCAAGUACGAGGUGCAGUGGGAAGGUUACCCAAACGAGAAGCAGUGCAACUCGGUCGAGACCGACAUGCGGUUGUCAAAGAUAGCGCCUGAAGAGUUGGCUGUCUACUGGGAGCAUUUCGAGUCCCAAUCAAAGGUUGAAAAUACAGAGUAGCGGCCUAGGGGCUGUAUUGAAUUGUCUGGCAAUUGUCUUGUUUUCGGGGAAUGGCGAUCGGGUUCGAAUUAAGUGCUUAAUGGGCUGUCAAGAUACGAGUAUUUCGGAAAUGGUGACGGGGCAUUGGCGUGAGGGCGUUGACUUGUUCGAAUUGUAACAAAAUUUAGCUUUGGUUUGUACGAUGCUUGAUAUCGGGAACAGUGCCCCUGUUUACGACUCGGUAAUAUUACCAAAAAAAUAAGUACCUACCUACUUGUAUUCUUCUGAUGAGUAUUUUUGAAUGCACCCAUACAGGCGUAUAGUCA